CAUCCGUGGCUAAAUGCUAAGCUAGCUGCAGUCAGUCCUCCGUCCUGUCCGCGUUUGUGAGGUCACCGACAUAAUUAACGUCACUUUGUUUGUGGGUCGGUUUCCUGCGCGCUGUUGUGUUGUUACUUACCAGGAAACAUGUCGGUGUUUCUGUUUUGUGGACUUUACUCACAUUAGCGGAGUCUCGAGGAGCAGCAGCGGCAUCAGCAGCGAGAGGCGUCGGGCUGAUAAACCCCAGACACUGCCCCACUGACAGCGGGCUAGCUAGCUGGUUAGCAGGUAUAGAGGCGGUUCUCAGUAAAUAAACCCACUGGGACUCGCUAGCUUCAUUAAGCUAAAUGGUCGCCGGUGGUUGCCGCUGUUGUCCCCGGUUUUCGAGUCAGUAGCCAGGGAGCUAGCUAGCAGCGACUCCGCCGUGAAACCGACCGGACAGUCGGCCACCGCAGCUAAACAACCCUCCGGGAUUCGUGUGUGUCACGGUGGGAGCUGGUUAAACUGGAGCUGGCAUCGUGACAUCUCCCAUCUUCAACACCAGCCACCUCCCGGUGCCUGACAACCCAGAGGACAGAGGAUGUCUGAGGGAGACAGCAAGCAGGGCCAGGACACUGUGCAGGAGGGGAAGCCGGAGACGGUGGGGGCAGGAGCCGCCGCGGGUCAAGCGGUGUCGUCGGUGUCUCCCCCCGUGUCGAUGGUGACACAGCCUCCGGCCACCGCGGCCACGGAGGACGAGGAAGAGGAGAGCGAGGAUGAGUCAGAGAUUUUGGAGGAGAGUCCGUGUGGACGCUGGCAGAAACGCAGAGAAGAGGUGAAUCAGCGUAACGUCCCUGGCAUCGAUAACGCUUACUUGGCCAUGGACACGGAGGAAGGAGUUGAGGUGGUGUGGAAUGAGGUCAUGUUCUCCGAGAGGAAGAAUUUCAAACUACAGGAGGAAAAGGUUAAAGCUGUAUUUGACAAUUUAAUUCAGCUCGAGCACUUGAACAUCGUGAAGUUCCACAAGUAUUGGGCGGAUGUUAAAGAGAACAGAGCCAGGGUCAUUUUCAUCACAGAAUACAUGUCGUCAGGAAGUCUCAAACAGUUUUUGAAGAAAACAAAGAAAAACCACAAGACCAUGAAUGAAAAGGCCUGGAAGCGCUGGUGCACACAGAUACUGUCGGCUCUCAGCUACCUGCACUCAUGUGAACCCCCCAUCAUCCAUGGCAACCUGACCUGUGACACCAUCUUCAUCCAGCACAAUGGCCUCAUCAAGAUCGGCUCAGUUGCUCCAGACACCAUCAACAAUCAUGUGAAAACCUGUCGGGAAGAGCAGAAGAGCCUUCACUUCUUUGCUCCAGAGUAUGGAGCUGUUGCCAAUGUUACCACAGCCGUGGAUAUCUAUUCCUUUGGAAUGUGCGCCUUAGAGAUGGCUGUGUUGGAAAUCCAGAGUAAUGGGGAUUCGUCUUAUGUGUCCCAAGAAGCCAUAAACAGUGCCAUUCAGUUCCUAGAGGACCCACUGCAGCGGGAAUUCAUCCAGAAAUGUCUGGAGGUGGAUCCCGUUAAACGACCCACAGCGAAGGAGCUGUUGUUUCACCAGGCCUUGUUUGAGGUGCCCUUACUCAAGCUUCUGGCGGCGCACUGCAUCGUCAGCCACCAGCAUAUGAUUCCAGAAAAUGCUUUAGAGGAAAUGACAAAGAACAUGGAUCCUAACCUGGUGAUAGUUGAAGUCAAGGAUGGAGUUCAGAUGAAACUCUCUCAGUUUCCUGCCCUGGAGCUGGACAAGUUUCUUGAAGACGUACGGAACGGGAUCUAUCCUUUGACUGCGUUCGGGGUCCCUAGUCCACAUCAGCCUCAGCAGGAGACGGUGAAGUCACCCAUAGUUCCCCCGUCAGUCAAAUCCCCGACUCCUGAACCUGCAGAGCUCGAGACCCGGAAGGUUCUUCAGAUGCAGUGUAACAUCGAGCCGGUAGAUGAAGGAGCCAAGCAUCAUUUGACCCUGCUGUUGAAACUCGAGGAUAAAUUGAACAGGCACUUGAGCUGUGAUUUGUUACCAAAUGAGAACGUGCAGGAGCUGGCUGUGGAGCUUGUUCAGCUGGGAUUCAUCAGUGAGGGCGAUCAGCCGCGACUUGCAUCAGUUCUUGAAGAGGCCUUCUCCAGGUUCUACAGCCGGAAUGGUUCCCUCAAUCCGGUGACGGUGUCUUCGUAGCGGAGGACUCCACGGGCCUUCUCUCCGCCCUCCUCGUCCUCUUCAGCUGGACUAGCUUUUGGCUUCACCUCUGAGUUGCAGCAAAAGCUUUUUGCGAGGACAGAUGGAGGAAGCCUUGGUCUGACUUGCAGAUCCUGCAGCCUGUCCUUGUAUCUUCUGGUGGGAAAAGUUGCCACUAAGUGGUUGAUGGCUUUCCAUCUUAUUUUUUCCUCCCACCCAAUACAGCCAUCUGCUUCUCUUUUAAAAGAGAAAAUCCUUGUUGCAACUUAAGGAAAAUGCAAAUGUUUUCCCUUUUUUGCUUAUUUCUCUCCGUAGAGUUAAGCAAAGUAAAAGUGGAGAACAGCAGUAUUUUCCUUAAGUCAGUGUUAAAAAUGUAUUUUUCAAUUUUUAUGUAAAAUUCUGUAAUAGUUAUGUGUAUAAAAAAACGUUUGUCCCGGCAUACUGAAGUGUAAGUAGUAUGUUGUUGUAAGGUUAAGUCUGAUUGUCUGGUCCUUUUCAAACUUUCUCCUGAGGGCGACGUUCGACCUUACAUCGGUUUUUGAAGACUCUCGAAAGUAUCAAGCUCGAAACGCAACGUCAAUUUAACUUAUACAUUUCUGUAAUGACGUCAACGCCGUCAUGAAACCUGCAGUUGCGAAACAAUCUGAAGAGUUGCCGAUAAACUAUUACAAAUCAAACUAUUUAUUUGUGUACCUUUUCUUGAGUUUUUACUGUAACUUCACUUCCAGCACUGAGGCCGGGUGGUUGAUUUUCGAAUGUGUGCGUUAACUUGCUUUCCCACAUGAGGUCAUGCUCUUAUUUUUCUAUGAAAAGAGGUUUCCUGAAUGAACUAUUGAUUGACACUUAUCGAUUAGGGCUCGAUCAAAAAGAGUUUUCUGUAGGUGGAACUUCACACUGGAGAGGUUGGUUUAGACUCGCAUGAAGAAGCUUUGGUGUUAGAGCACGUGAUCCGACGGGUGUUAGUCAACGGGUGGUAGAUUCGGUUUAUUUAUCACACAGUUUUGUCAGCUUAGACCCGUCGACACAAAAGUUUUGUCUCAAGCAUUAGUUUCCUUCACGGCCGAGUUAUUCUGUGUGACACCGUCUCUACAACACGCUCUCACAGCUUAGACUAAAUUCUGUUCUUGGCUCAGACCGAUCAUUUCUGUAAUCUGAUGAUCUCUCUGCUAGAUCUUAGGCUUUUAUCGUCCUGUCGGAAAUAUCUCUGGCUUCUUCAAACCAAUAAGAGGGAGAGAGUCUCGCCUGCUCUCUGCUGUGACCACCUGCUGUUAGGCUCUGUAGAUACUGCGUGGGACUACCUGGCAUGCUUGUGACCAUCUUGUACACUGUAUGCUGGACACUGCUCUGUUUCUGUGACACAUUUACCCUCUUUUUUCACCUCCUGAAAUAAAAAGAUUACUCUAUCAGCACUUGA